AACGCGCGAUAUGCUAUUACGCAAUUUCAGAUGCCAGCUAUGUCACCUACGAUGACUGAAGGUGGAAUUGCAGGGUGGAAGAAGGGCGAGGGAGAAGUAUUCAGUGCGGGAGAUGUGCUCCUUGAGAUCGAAACCGAUAAGGCGACAAUAGACGUUGAGGCUCAAGAUGACGGUAUUAUGGGCAAAAUUCUGGCCCCAGAUGGUUCCAAAAAUAUUCCAGUAGGACAAAUAAUUGCAUUCUUGGCAGAGGAAGGCGACGAUAUCUCAAACAUUGAAGUGCCGAAGCAGCAAGCUGCGCCUCCCACACCCAGACAGGAGGCUUCAUCACAAUCUCCGGCGGUUGACAGCUCAGUUCAACCAACACCGCAACCUUCUGAGCCGCCCACCCUCCUGUCCCAUGCCCUCCCAUCCCAUUCAAGGCCUCUAUUCCCCUCUGUCCACCGACUUCUACUGGAGAACAAUAUUUCCGACCCAGGCAAGAUUCCGGGGACCGGAGUACGGGGUAUGAUCACCAAGGGGGACGUUCUUACAUUCCUCGGUAAAGCGUCAGGGCCGAAUGGGACAUUCAAACAAUCCCCUUCCCCCAUCGAGGAGGGGAACAAACUUUUGCAGAAGAAGGAAGAGGUCAAGGUACGUAAGUUCAGUCCUCUCGACGGCCCUGCCAUUCGUCGGCUGAUUGUCUCAUCCAUGCUCCAAACCUCACUGAAAAAACGCAAUCCUCCUCCAGGUACGCAACCCGACGGGUGA